UGUUUUUGGAAAACAAAAACAAAAAAACAUGAUAAUAGCUUUUAGGCUUUUAGCGACUCUGCUUCCGCUUAUAUGCAUAUGUAAUAUAUAUAAUCCCAAAGCGCAACACAACACAGCACCACAACACCAGCCCUACGAUUCCAUCGGUCUUGAGAUCUGCAACUCCUGCUUCUAAUGCUGCCCCGCUGUGAGCCCAAUGUGACGUUGUUUUGGAGGCUUAUCUCCUGCUUCACAUUCUGAUUCCUAUCUCCCUCCUCCCCCUUCCUCUGUCUUCUUUCUUCACACUCAGGAACUUCGGAGUGGUGCAGUUUGUCUCUCUGGAAGUCACAAUGCUUCUGCUACUGCUGUUGCUGGUUUCUCCUCUAUUGGCUCUAUCUAUCAACCAGGAGGGUCUCUUCCUACAGCGAGUGAAGCAGGGUUUCGCCGACCCUACCGGAGCCUUAUCCAACUGGAACGACCGCGACGACACCCCAUGCAACUGGUAUGGCGUCACCUGCGACCCCGAAACUCGGACAGUCAACUCACUCGACCUCUCCAACACUUACAUUGCCGGACCUUUCCCCACGCUCCUCUGUCGUCUUCACGACCUCCAUUCCCUCUCUCUCUAUAACAACUCCAUUAACUCCACACUGCCUGCCGACAUUUCCACGUGUCAGAGUCUGGAGCACCUUAAUCUCGGUCAGAACCUUCUCACAGGUGCCUUGCCAUCCACUCUGGCCGACAUGCCCAAUCUCAGGCACUUGGAUUUUACCGGGAAUAACUUUUCCGGCGAUAUUCCGGAGAGUUUCGGCCGGUUCAGGCGAUUGGAGGUUCUGUCUCUCGUUGGGAAUCUUAUGGACGGGACAUUGCCGCCGUUUCUCGGAAACAUUUCGACGCUUAAGCAGCUUAAUUUGUCUUAUAACCCGUUUGCGCCGAGUCGCAUCCCGCCGGAACUCGGGAACCUGACGAGCCUUGAGAUACUUUGGCUCACUCAAUGUAACCUGGUGGGUCCAAUUCCUGACUCGUUGGGUCGCCUCAAGCGUCUCACUGAUUUGGACCUAGCCCUGAACUACCUCCACGGUCCAAUUCCGAGUUCGCUCACUGGGUUGUCCAGCGUUGUCCAGAUUGAGCUCUACAACAACUCGUUGUCCGGAGGGUUACCAGCCGGAAUGCGGAACCUGACGACAUUGCGACUGUUCGACGCGUCUACGAACGAAUUAGAUGGAACGAUUCCAGAUGAGUUGUGCCAGUUACCUCUCGAAUCGCUUAAUCUCUACGAGAAUCGAUUUGAGGGGAAGCUGCCUGAAAGCAUUGCGGACUCGCCUAACUUGUACGAGCUCAGGCUGUUCCAGAACCGUCUCAGUGGGGUGUUGCCGAAAGAUCUCGGAAAAAAAUCGCCGCUGCUGUGGCUUGAUAUUUCGUACAAUCAGUUUUCCGGUGCCAUUCCGGCUAGUUUGUGUUCAAAAGGAGUGUUAGAAGAGCUUCUCUUGAUCCACAACUCGUUUUCUGGUGAAAUUCCUGCGAGUUUGAGUGAGUGUAGCAGUUUGACACGGGUUCGGUUAGGGAAUAACCAGCUUUCCGGCGAGGUGCCGGCUGGAUUCUGGGGACUUCCACGCGUAUACUUACUUGAGCUUGCCCAUAAUUUAUUUUCGGGGCAAAUCGCAAAGACCAUUGCCAGCGCGUCCAGUCUUCAACUUUUAAUUAUAUGGAAGAACAGCUUUUCCGGAACUAUACCGGACGAAGUCGGUGGGUUGGAGAAUUUAGUUGAUUUUUCAGGCAGUGACAAUCAAUUUAGUGGACCCCUUCCGGCGAGUAUUGUAAAUCUUAGACAGCUUGGUAAACUUGAUCUUCAUAACAACAAGCUCUCUGGUGAGCUCCCGUCUGGGAUUCACACUUGGAAGAAGCUCAAUAUGCUCAAUUUAAGAAAUAACGGGUUUUCCGGGAAUAUUCCCAAGGAAAUUGGAACCUUGAGCAUUCUCAAUUAUCUUGAUCUCUCAGAAAAUCGGUUUUCCGGGAAAAUCCCUGAUGGGUUGCAGAAUUUGAAGCUCAAUGAGUUCAAUUUUUCAAACAAUAGGCUUUCAGGUGAUAUCCCCUCUUUGUAUGCUAACAAAAUUUACAGGGAUAACUUUCUGGGUAAUCCUGGUUUGUGUGGAGAUCUUGAUGGCUUGUGCAAUGGCAGAGGUGAAGCUAAGAGUUGGGAUUAUGUGUGGGUGCUUCGAUGCAUCUUUAUACUCGCCGCUGCAGUGUUAAUUGUUGGUGUGGGUUGGUUCUAUUGGAAGUAUAGGAGUUUCAAGAAGGCAAAAAGAGCUAUAGACAAAUCAAAGUGGACAUUGAUGUCCUUCCAUAAGUUGGGUUUCAGCGAAUAUGAGAUCUUGGAUUGCCUUGAUGAAGAUAAUGUGAUAGGGAGUGGAGGUUCAGGGAAGGUGUACAAGGCUGUUCUUAGCAAUGGUGAGGCUGUUGCAGUGAAGAAGCUAUGGGGAGGAUCAAAUAAAGGGAAUGAAAGUGAUGAUGUUGAAAAAGGUCAAAUUCAAGAUGGAUUUGAAGCAGAGGUUGAUACCCUGGGUAAGAUUAGGCACAAGAACAUUGUUAAGCUAUGGUGCUGUUGCACCACUAAGGAUUGCAAGCUUUUGGUUUACGAGUAUAUGCCUAAUGGUAGCUUGGGCGAUUUGUUGCAUAGUAACAAAGGAGGAUUGCUGGAUUGGCCAACGAGGUAUAAGAUUGCUUUGGAUGCUGCGGAGGGGCUCUCUUAUUUGCAUCAUGAUUGCGUUCCUCCUAUUGUGCAUAGGGAUGUGAAAUCGAAUAAUAUUUUGUUGGAUGGGGAUUUUGGAGCCCGGGUUGCAGAUUUUGGUGUAGCUAAGGUGGUUGAUACAACUGGAAAAGGGCCUAAAUCCAUGUCUGUCAUAGCUGGUUCUUGUGGCUACAUUGCACCAGAGUAUGCAUACACACUUCGUGUGAAUGAGAAGAGUGAUUUAUACAGCUUUGGUGUGGUUAUUCUUGAGUUGGUCACAGGGAGACAUCCGGUUGAUGCUGAGUUUGGGGAGGACUUGGUGAAGUGGGUGUGCACAACUUUGGACCAGAAAGGAGUGGACCAUGUGCUUGAUCCCAAACUCGAUUCCUGUUUCAAGGAAGAAAUAUGCAAGGUCCUCAAUAUAGGUAUUCUAUGCACCAGUCCCCUUCCCAUAAACCGCCCCUCAAUGAGAAGGGUAGUGAAGAUGUUGCAGGACGUGGGAGGAGAAAACCAGCCCAAGCCUGUGAAAAAGGAUGGGAAAUUGUCGCCCUAUUAUCAUGAAGAUGCUUCUGAUCAGGGAAGUGUAGUUUGAGAAUUUUUCAUUUUGGGUUUGUGCAAGAUAUCAAUAUGGAAGGAGUGAGAUGAGCUGCUCUUUCAGCAAACUUCUCAAUUCUCAUCCCUGCUUGAUGUUUGCUUUAAUGGGGGAUGAAAGAUGAAUUGGGGGUGAAUUAAGAGCGUUAUUAAGGAGUUGGAGUUAUAAACUGUAAAUCAAUCAACUAUCAAAGUAAGUGUUCCUUUACCCAGCCAUGGGCAUGAAAGACCUCUCAUGGAUGUUGUUAUUAACACUGUUCAUUGAUGGUGAUAUGUCUCCAGGAUUUCUUA